ACCGAAAAACCAUUUGAUUAAUUUUAGAUAGAUGUUUAGGUUUAAAUACUGUUGUUGUGAACUUGAAACAUAGAUACACGUGAACAAGUAAACACUUGGAAGCAGCUAAUGUAUAAAAUCAAGUGAACGACAGUCAUGUGUGUAGAUCAUACUGAAUAAGAGUACAAAGUUUAUUUCUGCAAAAUAAUCUAUUUUAGAAUACAACAGAAUAUGAGUGAAAUAUAUGAUUUUCUAUCGAGUAAUAGUGUUUGAAUAAAACUAGUAGACAAAGUGUUAACCCUAAUAUUUAAAAUCCAUCCAUGGCAAAACCAUUACCAAUUUCGUGACUAAGUUCCUAUUAAGAACCGCCGCGAUACCGUUCCUAAAGAAAUCGUCUCCAUUCCGUCCAGUGCCAUCAAUGUCAUCGAUGUCCGCUCAAGGAGUCGUUGAGCGCGCAUCGGCCGAGUUGUCAAAACGCAUCAACGGCCUGGGUCUGCGUUCGGGCAAACAUCAUUCACAUGGCACCUCCGGCAAAACGAGCGUCAUGGAAAGGGUCACAAACGUCUUUUGUGGGGCGCCCGAAAAGCCAUCCAGGCUGACAGGUCGCGCGACCCGAGGCACGCCUCAGCCUGUCAGGAAAGCACAUGUACAACAUGUACAACCCAUGCCUCAGCCACAGACUGUGGCCUGGACGUCCUGGGAGCAGUUAUUACUGGAUGAAAGAUAUUUAGGAAGGCUGUUUAUGUACUUUACAUCUGCUGAAAGGAAAACUUUAGCGCAAGUUUGUAGCAGGUGGAGAGAUGUUCUUUAUAGGAGUCCUGGUUAUUGGUCUGGUUUAGUGCCCGUACUUCAAUGUCGCGAAUUGAGGCAGAGCGCGGCUCCAGAGCGAGCGAGGCUUUAUGCUUCUUUGUUGAGAAGAGGUUUUCGUGCCGUUUGCUUGAUGGGCGCUGCGGACGAAGAUGCUUUGGAUAUGGUUCAUUCAUUCCCUUUAGCAUCCAAGCAUGUUCAUUCUUUAAGUUUAAGAUGUUCCAGUAUUUCGGAUAGGGGAUUAGAAGCACUUCUUGAUCAUUUACAGUCGCUGUUCGAGCUGGAGUUAGCCGGUUGCAACGAAGUAACCGAGGCCGGCCUGUGGGCUUGUUUGACUCCUCGGAUCGUGUCUCUGACAUUGACCGAUUGCAUAAAUGUGGCCGACGAGGCGGUGGGCGCCGUCGCUCAGCUACUGCCAUCCCUUUACGAGUUCUCGUUGCAGGCGUACCACGUAACGGAUGCCGCCUUGGGAUACUUUUCACCGAAGCAAAGCGCCUCGCUCAGCAUUCUGCGGUUGCAGAGUUGCUGGGAACUCACCAACCACGGUGUAGUUAAUAUAGUUCACUCUCUACCAAAUCUGACAGUGUUAUCCCUAUCCGGGUGCAGUAAAGUAACGGACGAUGGAGUGGAGCUAAUAGCAGAGAAUCUUCAAAAACUUAGAGCCUUAGACUUAUCAUGGUGCCCUAGAAUAACCGAUGCGGCCCUGGAAUAUAUUGCCUGUGAUCUGAACCAUCUAGAGGAAUUAACACUGGACAGGUGCAUACAUGUGACGGACAUAGGAGUUGGAUACGUGUCAACUAUGUUAUCGUUAUCUGCAUUAUUUCUGCGCUGGUGUUCGCAACUGAGAGAUUUUGGCCUGCAGCAUCUUUGCAGUAUGCGCAACCUUCAAGUUUUGUCACUGGCAGGAUGUCCAUUAUUAACAUCCAGUGGACUGUCAAGCCUGAUACAAUUACGACACCUACAAGAAUUAGAACUGACAAAUUGUCCAGGGGCAUCAGCAGAACUUUUUGAAUACCUACGAGAACAUCUUCCACGAUGUAUGGUCAUAGAAUAAAUCAAAAUCAAUAAACUGGUUAAUACUUUUCUAGCAAACAAAUAAAAAACGACAAAUGAGCAAUAAAAGGCGCUUAUAAAAAUAUACGUACGUUUUGCAACUUUUAUCAGAGAAGCGCAAUAAAUUGAGAGCUCAUUCGUAAAUUGUGAUAUAUGGAUGUAUUUUCUAGGUGUGUAUAAAAUAUAAAUCCGAGAUGGCUAAGAAAGAAUUGUCAUAACCUUGCGCUGUGAAGCGUUAAAAUAAUAAGAAAAUAAUGAAGAAAAAUAUUAUAGAAGUCGGGCAUAUUUUUAAAGGUCGUAUCCAUGUUGUUUA